AUGGCGGAGUGUUCUCUGUCCGAUGCUUUUCGGCCCAUUCAAGUGCAUGGUGCUUCUCUUGAUCCAGAUAAGCAAUGGUUCUUCGUGGAAAAAGAACUCACAGGGAAAAGUCAGGUUGCAGUGGGUGUUGUGCCAAUAGGGUUUAAAGAGAAGUCAUCUGAAAGUGCCCUUUCUGUUUAUCCCAUUGCAAUUGGCAACUGCGAAGAAAAAAGGGAGAGCUUGAAACAAUUACUUGCUGUUUUGAAAGUCCAGAAAAACCAGAUUAAAAGGCAUGGUCUUUUAGUGGAUGGAAAGAAAUACAACUUGAAUUUCACAGUUACCAUAGACUACAAAGCACUGCUCAUUUUAUUGGCAAAGCCAGAAGAUGAAAACUYUGCUCUUGGUGGAAAGGGUCUCUCUUGCCAGUUUUGUGCUUUCUGUGAUGCAAUAAGGGCAUGUACUCAGCAUGGUGCCAACUUAGAUGAAACAUGUGUUGGAUGUCUAGCAUCAAAAGCCAAUAUUGGCAGGUCAAAAGGUAUAAGAGAUGACCUUACGUUUCUUCUGGAGGAGGAUCUGAGCCAGAUUAACUUGUGUUCAUUGCAUUGUGAAAUGCGCAAUACUGAACAACUAAUUAAGUCUUUGGGGUAUCUGGCGUACAGGAUUGGUUCCCUUGAAGAACUGAAUAACACCCUUAAGUAUUAUGGGCCAGA